AUGCAGCUACCAAAUUAUGUGCUCGCUAGCUUGGUUUGGUUCCCGGCAGCUUUUGCCAACCUUCUAGGACCGUCAUAUCCUCCCCCCAGGGACUUGUCUAGCAGUCACAGCCGGGUCGCUGCCAGUUGGAAGAACCUGACAUCCCAACUGAACACCGUCCUCGCCGAUAAGGGAACCAACAAAACGAGCGGGAUUUAUGAACUAAAGAACCUCACAUUCUCCGCUGGGUUGUUUUCCACGCUUGACCCGAACGCCAAAGAUCUUCAAUUCCACCACACUGCCAACGAAGUCGCAAAAUCCCCGGUGGGGGUGAAGAAAGUGGAUGGGAAUAGCAUCUACAAGGUCGCCAGUGUGUCAAAGCUCUUUACAGUUCUUGCUGGGCUUAUAGAGCUGAAGCCUGGGGACUGGGACCUUCCACUCACAGAGAUAUUCCCAUUCUUGGCCGACCAUGUUCGCAAGCAACACAACAAUUUUCGGCUAGUCUACGAUGUUCAGUGGGACAAAGUCACUCUCAGGUCCCUUGCGGGCCAGAUGGGCGGCAUACCACAUGGUGCUACAGAGGAGUUCCUACAAACAUUUCUCCUAUAUAAGUACCUGGAAGGCUCUCGCAAUCCCGCGUUGACUGAUCCAAAUUUCUACGGUCUACCUCCUCUGAACCAGAGCGACUUGACACUAUGGCCAUCAUGCUUGGGUGAACAGACCCAGGGCUGUAACCCAGUCUCCUGGGACGUGGCAUACGCCCCAAGACCUCCUGUUUACCUUCCCUGGACAAGCCCCGAGUACGCAAACGGCGGUUAUAUUUUCCUCGGUCUCGCGAUUUCAAAUCUGACUGGAAAGACAAUGGAUGAAUGGUAUAAUGAUUCUAUUUUUGAACCCCUGGGAUUGAAGUCAACGUACUCCUCACCCCCUGACAACUCUACCCGCCCUCAUUCCGUCACAUCAGAGGCUCUUGAUCAGCAGUUCGUCCCCAAUGGCGGCGCUACAAUCCCCUCUGGUGGAUUAUUCUCCACAACAAACGAUCUUUCCAAACUCGGCGUCGCCCUCCUGAAUUCCACCCUGCUCCCCUCUGAAAAGACACGGGAAUGGAUGAAACCUAUCACUCAUACGUCAAGUCUACGCUAUUCUGUCGGCUCGCCAUGGGAGAUCCACCGAUUCGUCCACGCGGGAUCAGGCGUUGUCACCGAUCUAUACACAAAGCUGGGAGACUCGGGGUUCUAUGGUGGGAUCGUGGUCGUGAUACCGGACUUCAACGCCGGCUUUACCCUCCUCUCAGCCAGCACGCAAGCCAGCCGCAGCAGCGAGGCGCUGUUAGCAAUCGACCUUAUCGUCGAUGCUAUCCUACCAGCCCUCAUGGAGCAAGCCGCCGCGGAGGCAGCGCAGAAGUUUGCCGGUACAUACAAAGCCGAGGACUUGAAUUCGUCGUUGACACUCGCUGUUGUCCCACCUAACCAGCCAGCACCUGGUUUGAAUAUUACUUCGUGGGUUAGCAAUGGCACGGAUAUCACGGCGUUAGUGUCUACACUCCUCGGUGGUCCCGGGUCACGACUUGUGCCAUCAAUUAUCAACGAGCAGGUUACUGGGGAAAUUGCUUUCCGGGCAUAUACUGCUACCCAAAGCCGAGGUCCUGGAGUGGGUUCCUCGUCGAGUCUCUUCUCUUCUUUCUAUGAUCUCGGCGACUGGACUAUGCUUGACCAGUUGACCUGGGGCGGUAUUGCUACCUCGCUCUUCGUUUUCGAUGUUGAGGGAAAUGGAACCGUCAAGUCAGUGACACCAGGUGCCUACAGAGUGAAAAUGGCGAGAAAGUGA